AUGGGGCGUCGUCCAGCUCGCUGCUACCGCUACUGCAAGAACAAACCCUACCCCAAAUCCCGCUUCUGUAGGGGUGUGCCGGAUGCCAAGCUGCGCAUUUAUGACGUGGGCCGCAAGAAGGCAGACGUAGAUGAGUUCCCAGCUGUAGUCCAUUUGGUCUCCGAUGAAUACGAGCAAAUAUCAUCAGAGGCCCUUGAGGCCGCCCGCUACAUGAUUAAGCACUGCGGCAAGGACAACUUCCAUUUGCGUAUGCGGGUUCAUCCUUUCCAUGUUCUCCGCAUCAACAAGAUGCUUUCGUGUGCAGGGGCUGAUAGGUUGCAGACAGGUAUGAGAGGGGCUUUUGGGAAGCCCACGGGUUUGGUGGCUCGUGUCAAUAUUGGCCAGAUCCUCAUGUCCAUUAGGACCAAGGAGUCGACGGUCAACAUUGCUACGCUGGCCCUUCGCCGCGCUGCCUUCAAAUUCCCAGGACGCCAAAAAGUAUUCACAUCGAACAAAUGGGGUUUCACUCCCUUCACCCGGGAAGAAUACAAGAAGUGGCAGGCAGAGGGCCGCAUCGUGUCCGAUGGCGUCUGCGCAAAAUGGCUGGCGAAGAAGGGGCCGUUGUCAGACACCUUCCCGUUGGCCAAGGAUAUCCACCUUCCUGUGGAAUGCUGA